AAUAAAGAUGUCUUUGCUUUAUAAAGGAAAAUUGCAUGCAUGGAAUCUUUCUAUUCCUAUUUUUCUUCACUACUUCUGCAGUGAAAGAUUUCUUCUCCUUCUUUCUUGAAAAUCACUUGGAUUCUUUGGCAGAUGGAGAGCGGGAAAGAAGGGGAACUAAAGGAAGGCGAGUCGCCGCCUUCCGGAAUGUUCCCAGACGGUCUCCGAGUUCUAGUCGUCGAUGAUGAUCCGACUUGCCUGAGGGUCGUGAAAGAGAAGCUUGUCUCGUGUAGAUAUCAAGUUACAACAUGUGAACAUGCAAAGACUGCUUUGUCCAUGCUCCGAGAGAGGAAAGACAGGUUUGAUCUUGUUCUAACAGAUGUUCACAUGCCUGACAUGGACGGGUUUAAGCUUCUUGAACUUGUUGGCUUGGAACUAGACCUGCCUGUGAUUAUGAUGUCGGCUGACACGGCGGUGAAGGUGGCGGUAAGAGGGCUUGAACAUGGAGCUUGCUACUACCUUAUGAAACCCAUAUCCUUCAAUGAGCUCAAGAACAUUUGGCAGCAUGUCAUUCGGAAGAAGAGGUCUGCAUCGAAGGAAACCGAGCAAGCGGGCAGUGUCGAAGAUUCUGAGAAGGCAUCAGAGGAGGAGGUUGAAUGCGCAUCUUCAGUAAAUGAAGGAAAUUACAAGCAGCCUAAGAGGAAGAAGGAGGAAGAUCUUGAGGAUAAUGAUGAUUGUGAUGAGGAAGAUAAUGAUGAGGAUUCUUCUUCCCAGAAGAAGCCACGAGUGGUUUGGCAUUUGACACUUCACACCAAGUUCCUGGAGGCCGUUGAUCAAUUGGGGUUUGAUAAGGCAGUCCCGAAGAAAAUACUGGAGCUCAUGAAUGUUCCAGGUCUAACAAGAGAAAAUGUCGCUAGCCAUCUACAGAAAUACCGUCUGUUGUUACGAAGGCUGAAUGAUGCAAAGCGAUCCCACUCCAGCCUGUCUAGCUCUUUCUCUGGUGGGCCACAAAAACCGAACAUCGGAUCCAUUCAUCCCCAAUUGAUUUUUGAUUUCCAAGAUCAGGUGGGCCAUCCCCAAUUCUCAGAUCAUCGCAACCUGAUGGGACUAUCGCCACUGCUGGCAGGACGCAUGCAAAAUCCCAAUGCUCCCACUCCAUCCAUUGAUCAGAUGCAAUUGAUCAAUCAAGAAGCACAAAACAACAACACCACCAUGGCUAGAUUAAGGUACGGCUCACCGAUGAUUGACGGCCAAGGGAACUUCCACCAAGUGCUGCCUGGUGGUAGUAGUAUAGAUCCAAAACAAUCUCAUCUCAUGCAGCAGUGCGAUGGAAGCUCAAUUGGACGUGGGCUGGUCACACAUCAGAUGAGAGUGGGCCCAUUGCCUCUUAGCAGUGAAACAAUGCAGAUGGUCCAUCAGCCACAACAGUCGCAGUCAGGACUCCUCAGCAAUGGUCCACUCGAUAACUUCAGCAUGCCGAGCAUUCAAGGCCACCUUUCGAGUAUCGGCAAUUCAGGAUCGUUUGCCGCCCGCUGCCAACCCCCACCUUCUAAUUCAGGCAGUAAUUACAGCGGGCUUCGGCUUACAAGCACCGGUGGUCUAUAUGGGCUAACUCAGGCUGGGCCAAUCGCUGAAGCAUCGAAUAAUACCAAUUGGAGUAAUAAUCUGAUUAAUGAGAUUAAUAGUGGAUCAAACUUGGGUUAUGCUAAUCAAGGGGUGGCCUCUCUCGGCAGGUUUGCAAACACCAAUCAGUUGCCAAGAAGAUUCAGUGAUCAGAUCCAACAACAGAAUGAUUUUGCAAGUGGGAGUUUUACGAAGCCAACGGAGAGUGAUAGCCUGUUACCAGAUGUUUUGAAGAAUUCACCAUUUGCCAACAGCUCAUUCAUACCUCAGUUUGAUGAAGGUGAUCUUGGAGAUUUGGUUUUCAAACAUCAGGUACAAGAUGUGGCCGAGCUCAUGGAGCCCGACUUUGACAUCAGCUCAUUUCAGUUGGACGACGGCAAUCGGAUCGAGUGA